UAUGAUGUUUACUGUAUUACUGAAAGGUCAAGGUAGCUCAAGUCGCUAUGUUCAUUUCAACUCUUUUAUCGUUUAAUGGCUCCAGAUCAAAGAUUAAUCUACGACACCCCUCAACAACAAAUGGUUAAAGGGGAUAUGAUGGUAGAUACAGAACCUGUACAUGGGAGGGCUCAGGACGCUGUUUAUGUUAAAAAUAACCUUGGGAGUCAAGCUCUUAAUCAGAAUCUCCAAGGAGUACUUCCUCACUAAGCAGAUAGUGGUGAUAAAGAAGCUACCAAGAAUGAAGGUCUUGAACACUAUCAAUCUGAAGGCCAGCCUCUUGCUGAUGGAGAGAAUAGAUUUGCAGAACAGCCUGCCAUAAACUCACAUCAUCAAAGUUAAUUUG